AUGUCACUUGAUGAAAUUCCACAUCAACUAAGUAAUUUAAACAGUUUAGAGCAACAUCUCAUUGCUUUACAUAUUCCCUUUAUGAAAGUGAUGUCUCUUCCACAAGGUGGUCAAAGAAAUGUACAUGGGCCUGUUGUAUGUGUACCUUCAAACAUGAGAAAGGCAACAACCUUGCCACGAAAUGAAAAUGAAAAUAUGUUGCUACGUGUCAAGCUGAAACGUAAGUUGUCUUAUAAGGGUUACUUUGAAUAUCAGUUUGUGAAUCCAGAACAUAUACAUAAAGCCCUGGACUAUUUAAAAAAAAACAACAGGUGGUAUAGAGAUGUUGUGUUCAAUUCCACAUGGAAGGAAAACUGUGAGGAAGGUGAUUUGAUUUUGAAUGAAUCCCAUGAAUGUGAAGAGGAGGAAUUAACCUCGGAACAGACAGAAAGUCCAGAGGUUGUUUCCGACACAUGCUUACAACCUGUGGAUAUUGCACAAGAGGUCCUUGACCAUUACUUUGAUGACAUUUACAACAUAGCUCCAGGGGAAGGACAAAAUCCUGUGCGUAUGUUGCAAGAAGAGGGGAAUGAAGCAAAGACAUUUCCACAUUUAUUUCCCAGCGGAAAUUUUUCUUGGAAUGAAAAUCGAGAUGAAAAGAUAACCCUUGCCAGAUAUUUUAACAACAGACUUAUGAACACUGAUAAUAGAUUUGCGAAAGACACAAAUUACAUCUUUUUUUCACAGUACAUGUCUGAAUUAAACCAAGUGAUUGAGAAAACACAAAUUUCAAUCCGCAAGUCUGUAUCACAACUUGGUGGAAAAUCUGUAACAUCAGAUAUGUUGCAAGACCCAGAGAUACUCUCUAAUCUGCUGAAGAAGAAUGAAGCUCUAAGGUUUAUGCAGCCAAUUCGAGGUACACCUGCAUACUGGUCAGCAACACAGAAAGACUUAUUUGCUAUGCUUCGACAACUUGGUAUUCCUACAUGGUUUUGCUCUUUUUCUGCAGCUGAAUUCAGGUGGAAUGAGAUUGUGGGAUCAAUAUUACAUCUUGAAAAUGAUACAACAGACCCUUCUAAUUUAGACUGGGCAGAAAAGAGUGAAAUUUUAAGAAAAAAUCCUGUAACCGUAGCCAGAAUGUUUGAAAAUAGAUUCCAUAUUUUCCAGAGGGAUGUAAUAUUGUCACCAUCAAACCCAAUAGGAAAUGUCAUUGAUUAUUUUAUAAGAGUUGAAUUUCAGCAAAGAGGUUCUCCACAUAUGCAUUGCUUGUACUGGGUUGAAAAUGCACCGAAAUUCAACAUAGAUAGCGAUGACAGAGUUUGUGAUUUUAUUGAUAAGUACGUCACGUGUGCUUUGCCUAGUGAAAACGAGAACCCAGAACUUAGACAAAUUGUUUUAGCUGUACAACAACACAGCAAGAGUCACUCAAAGUCUUGUAGAAAAAAAGGAACCGAGUGCAGAUUCAAUUUUCCAAGACCACCAUCAGAGAAAACCUUUAUAACAAAGCAAUGCGAGGAGGAUGUUGACAUUUCAGAUGAUGAUAAGGGGAUAUUGAAGAAAUCUCAGGCAAAGGAUAUUUUGUUGAGUGUUUGGAAUGAAGUUUUGGAUGAUGUGAAUGCACUCAAGACAACUGAAGAAAUAUUCAGCAACAUCCACCUUACGCAAGAUGUAUAUGAGAUGGCACACAAGAUUUUGUCGACAAAAACAAGUACUGUAUUAAGACGGAAUCCUAAUGAGAUGUGGACAAAUCAGUACAAUCCAUGCCUUCUAAGAUGUUGGGAUGCAAACAUGGACAUACAAUAUGUUCUAGACCCCUUUAGCUGCAUCGUGUACAUUAUUUCAUAUAUAUCCAAGUCAGAAAGAGAAAUGGGAAUGCUUUUAAGGCAAACGCAAGUAGAGGCAAUAGAAGGCAACUUAAGUGCCCGUCAAACAAUGAGAACAAUAGGAUCUGCAUAUCUUAAUCAAAGGGAGGUCAGUGCCCAAGUAGCAGUUUACAGAGUCUGUAAUCUGAGAAUGAAGGAGAGUUCAAGGAAAGUGGUAUUUGUUCCUGUCGGUGAGAAUCCCACUCGUUUAAGUAAACCUCUAGCCCAAAUGAAAAAAAAAGAGAAAAAUGAAUACAAUGAUGAAAACUUGGAAGGUGAUGAUGAUGAUGACAUAUGGAUGACAAAUAUUGUAGAAAGGUACGAAAAUCGUCCUGACCUACAUUUGUUUGAUAAGAUGUGCCUUGCAGAAUUUUGUUCUUAUUACAGAGUGCUUGCUAAAUCUCAGAUUCCUAAAGGGGAAAAUGAAAGUGUUUAUGAAUUGAAGAAUGGAAAAGGGUACAUACAAAAAAGAACAAGAGGAAAACCAGCUGUCAUCAGAUAUCCUAGAUUCAACGCAGAAAAUGCAUCAGAAAAGUAUUAUCAAUCAAUAUUGCAGCUGUUUCUUCCAUAUGUCACACAAGAUCAACUGAAACCACCUGGGUUCGAACUUUACCAGACAUUCUUUGAAACUGGAUUUGUGAGGCUGAAAUCUGAGAUUCAUUUACAACCAGUGAAAACUUUAGUAGAAGAUAAUCGAUCCAAAUUCUCAAAAAAUGAAGAUGCUAUUGAUGAUGCUCAAGAGGUUUUUGAACUGUAUGGUGAACCUGAGGAUGCUUGGGCAAAUCUUUGUCCAGAAACAGAAAUGAACAGAAAAGAGUGUUUAGAUGAAAGAAAAAUGACUGAGAAAUUGGAUGAUAAAAAACCAGAAGUCACUCAAGAAAUUGAAAACAGCUCUUCAGACUUGUUAUAUCAGAUCACAGAGAAUUCUAAUUCAAGGCAAGAAAUGCUUCCAUUAUUGAGAAGAUUGAAUGAUAAACAAAAGGAGGUCUUUUACAAAGUUCGUGAGUGGUGUUUGAAGAAAGUUACAGGUGAGAAUAUAGAACCACUGCAUAUAUUUGUGACAGGGGGUGCUGGAACAGGAAAAAGCCAUUUGAUCAAGGUUAUACAUUACGAAGCUUCUCGUAUUCUGGAAAAAUUACUUUUAUCUCCAAAUGACGUAUCUGUUGUUCUCACAUCGUUUACUGGCACGGCUGCAUUUAAUAUAGGGGGAAAUACACUUCACCAUGUUUUCUCUUUGCCAAUUGCUCUACGCAUUCCAUAUGAACCUCUGAAUGAGCAAAACUUGAGUGCAAUAAGAUCUAAGUUAGAAAACUUGCACAUCUUGAUCAUUGAUGAAAUAUCCAUGGUUCACAAAAGGCUUUUGUAUUAUAUUCAUGAGCGUCUUGUUCAAAUUAAGAAGUGUAAAGAACCAUUUGGUGGUGUUUCUGUAUUAGCAGUGGGCGAUUUCUACCAACUCCCUCCUGUAAAACAACGAAAAGCUGAGAGAUUGUAUAAUGAAAAUGACGAAUAUCCAGUAGACUAUUGGUUAGAUUUUUUUCAAAAUGGUAGAGUUGGAUGA